AUGCGUGAAAUCGUGGUAUUCCAUCUGGGCCAUUGCGGAAACCGGGUGGCCGAAAGCUUCUGGCAGUAUAUUUGCGGCGAGCACUGCCUGAAUGCGUUCGGUCAGUUCGAGGGCGAGCACUUCCUGCCGCGGCAGCGAAUCAAUGUGUACUUCGACGAGGCGGCCUGCUGUAACUUUGUGCCGCGCGCCAUUUUCGCCGACCUGGAGCCGAGCGCCCUGAACUACCUGCGGUGCAGCAGCCACGGGCGGCUCUUUUCGCCCGAGAGCUUCGUGUCGGGGCAGUCGAGCGCGGGAAACAACUGGGCCCGGGGUUACCACACGGAGGGGGCCGAGCUGCUGGAUCGGAUCGUCGAGAGUGCGCGGCGGAUGGCGGAGGGGUGCGACUGCCUGCAGGGCUUCCAGCUGGUGCACUCGAUCGGCGGUGGGACGGGGUCUGGUUUGGGCACGCUGUUGCUGGAGCACCUGAAGGAUCAGUUCCCGGGUCGGAUCAACAACACGUUCAGCGUUAUCCCGUCGCCCAAGGUGUCCGAGGUGGUGGUGGAGCCGUACAACGCCGUGUUUGCCCUCAGCUCGAUGGUGCAGUCGGCGGACGAAACGUUCUGCCUCGACAACGAAGCCUUGUACGACAUCUGCGUGGACACGCUCCGCUUGCCGGCGCCUUCGCUGGACGAUCUGAACCACCUGGUCGCAUCCGCGAUGGCGGGUGUUACCAGCAGCUUCCGCUUUCCCGGGCAGCUCAACUCCGAUCUGCGUAAGCUGCUGACCAACAUGGUGCCCUACCGGAGGCUGCACUUCUUCGUGCCCGGUAUCGCUCCCCUCGGUGCGCGCGCCUCCGAAUGCUACCGCCAGCCGACGGUGCCCGAGCUGGUGUACCAGCUGUUCAGCAGCAACAACCUGAUGGCCGCCUGCGAUCUCGCCCAAGGUACCUUCCUGACGGCGGCGGCCAUCUUCCGAGGGCGACUAUCGACGCGGUUCGUCGAGGACCAGAUGGCGGGCGUACUGGCCAAGCACGAUCUGGCCUUCUGCGAUUUCAUCCCGAACAACGUCAAGACGGCCAUCUGCGAUGUGCCACCGCGUGGCCUUAAGAUGGCGGCAACGUUCGUCGCCAACACGACGGCCAUCACGCAACUGUUCCGGCGCAUCACGGGGCAGUUCGGGAGCAUGUUCCGCCAGCGCGCCUUCCUGCACUGGUACACCGGCGAAGGGAUGGACGAGGAAGAGUUCACACAGAUGGAGCAAAGGUUGGCGGAUUUGAUCGAAGAGUACGGGCUAUACGAGCAGGAGCGUAAGCCGAACGACGAAGAAGUAGAUUAA